UUAAAAGGAGGAAAGAUCUCGCAAUAACAUCUUGCUUUUUAGAAAUGCAGUAUAGCGGGAUUUGACUACAGCGACCACCACAACCAUCUCCAGAUUCAGCCAAAGAUGAACGAUCUCCUGACCGACUCCUUCGUCGGCGCCGCUGCGCAGGCGCAGGCGCAGCAGGACGGCGGCGGGCCGGCCGCCGCCUCCAGUGUCGAGAACGAGAAGCUGCAGGCCUUCUUGGCGGAGGCGGAGGCGGCCAAGACUGACAUGGUCGCGCUGCGCGAGGAGCUCUCCCGGCUGCAGUCGGCGCACUACGAGGCGUCCCAGUCCCUCCGCGGCCCCGCCCUCGCCGCCGCCACGCAGGCCGCGCUCGUCCGCCUCCUGGGCUCCGCCCGCCGCCUCCGCGCGCGCCUGGCCUCCAUGGACCGCCGCGCGCCGGCCCCCGCGGCGCACGCCCCCGCGGGGCUCCGCGACCGCCUCCGGGACCUCACCGCGGGCGUCCAGGCCCUCCGCCGCCAGGUCUCCGCCGCCCGCCGCGCCGACGCCGCCCGCCGCUACCUCGCCGUCGCCGGCGAGGCCCCCACCGAGGACCAGCUGGACCGGCUCCUCCUCGUCUCCGGCGCCGGCGGCGGAGUCACAGCCACCGACGAGGCGAUGCGGGCCGCCAUGGUGUCCUCGGAGUCGGCGGAGGCGGAGCAGGUGGAAGGCGGGCUCCUGGAGCUGCAGCAGCUGUUCCUCGACAUGGCCGCGCUGGUAGAAUCCCAGGGCCCGCGGCUGGGGGACAUCGAGCGGCACGUCGCGGCGGCGACGCAGGACGCGGGCGCCGCGGAGGCGGAGCUGCGGGAGGCCCGGCGGCUGCGAGGAGACGCGAGGAGGAGGAAGGUGUGGCUGGCGGGCGGGAUCGCGGCGGUGCUGCUCGUCGCCCUCGCCGUGGCAGCCGUCGUCGUAGCUCUCGCGCUCGCGCGACGUGGGGGCGGUAGUAAUAAUGUGAAUCUCGCCGGCGCCGGCGUGUCUGGCUUGCUGGAUUUGCCUAUGUAGGGCGUAUUUUGGGUUUUGGCUCUCUCGCUCUUGUUUGCUUGGUUUGUUUGUGACUUGGAGAGGUAAAGAUUGCGGCACAAGGUAUCCAGUCUGCAUAUGUUUCGCUUCCAGAUCAAUGAACUAGUUGGUUCCUAACUUUCUAGAAGCGGGACAUAAGCAAGAUCCUGAUUGCAUCCUUAUUUGACACCGUGUGGGAGAAUGUUUCGUUUUGUCUGUUAAUACAUUGCCAUGGUGCCAAAAAUUUGUGAUAGUGGCAUUUCAAUCUCAA